CUUAAAAGUCGGCACUCUACCGACAAAACAGAGACAGAGAUUACGAUAUUGAGCAGACACAAAACAGAGUGAGAUUACGGCAACAAAAACAAAGCAACGAUGUCGAUUUCUAGCAAUAAGUCAAUCGUUGUGAGACGAGUGUUUGCUGAAGAUUUAGACAAUGAACUCUGGUUAAUUAGGGCAGCAAUUUUGAGGUAUCCUUUUGUAUUUAUGGAUACUGAAUUUCCGGGGACGAUUUUUAAACCAAGUAAGCAAGUGGUUUUUGAAGACAAUCCCGUUAUUAAUUAUCAUUAUAUGAAGUCGAAUGUUGAUGCGCUUCAAAUUAUUCAGCUCGGCUUGAGUCUUUCGGAUGCUCAAGGUAAUUUGCCGGAUUUUGAUUCUCCCUUUCGUUAUGUUUGGGAAUUUAAUUUUAAAGAUUUCAAUAUCAAUCGAGACCACUAUGCUAGCACUUCGAUCGAGCUGCUCAAACGUCAAGGAAUAGAUUUUGAGAAGAAUAAAGAGAAGGGGAUUGAUUCUAGAGAUUUUGCAAAGAAGCUUUGGGAUUACGGUUUGGUUUUCAAUUGUUAUGGUCUGAAUGGUAUUACUUGGAUUACUUUUCACGGUGCUUAUGACUUUGGAUUCAUGCUAAAGAUGCUUACUCAAAGUCCAUUGCCUUUGGAUCUUCACUCAUUCGUGCAUCAAUUGGCUUAUUUCUUUGGCUACAAUGUUUUCGACCUCAAACACACAUUCAAACUAUUAGGGUUGCUGGGUGGUUUAGAGAAAAUAGCUCAAACUUUAAAAGUAACUCGUAUUGUCGGAUCAAGUCAUCAAGCCGGGUCGGACAGUCUACUCAUGCUUCAAUGUUUUAUGAAGCUCAAGAGUAAGAAAAUUUUUGAAUCUGAAUGGAAUGAGGCGAAUCAAAUACUACUGAGUCCUCUAGCAUUAUACGGGCUAGUUCAAAUCAUAGGAUGAAAUAUUAUACUCUCUUUUAUGUCUCUUUUGAUUAGUGACAUAAAAGCAAUGUUAUUGAAGAUAUUACAUUAAUAUGUUUCCAAAACUAUAAUCUCCUACUGAUUGAUGAUUUUUUUUA